CCGUCGGCCCUACAAAUCCCUCACAGUUUCCUUCCCUCCACUCCCCCCGACAAACUGAAUAGUCCCAAUGUGGAGAUCGACGUCAGCGUCGUGGCUUCUCCGGCGAGGCCUCGCUGGAACCACGACACGGCGGCUAUGGCCCGCAAGCCAAUUUCAUCCCCUCCAACCACGGGCCCACCUCUGCUCGUCGGUGUCCUCGGCCUCCGGCGAGAAGCCGCCGGAAUCGAUAACGCAUACUGAUGCGAAGAGGCUGAUGCGGCUGGUCAACGUGGAGGCUCUGAAGAGAAGGCUUGGGAUGGAGCGGGAGGAGAUCAUUGGAUACUCGAAGCUGCUUGAGGCAUGUGAGGAAGAGGGUGUUGCUAGGGACAAAGAAGAAGCGGAGGCGUUCGCUAGGGUUUUAGAUGAGGCUGGGGUCGUGCUGCUGUUCAGAGAUCAGGUUUACCUUCAUCCUGAUAAGGUUGUGGAUCUAGUGAGAAGGGCAGUACCUCUUGCUUUGCCACCUGAGAAUGAUCCUCGGCAUGAAGAGCUAAACCAGCUUAAGAAAAAGAAGGAUGAGAUCGAUUUGCUUGCUCACAAACAAGUUCGGAGCAUUUUGUGGUCUGGACUGGGGUUCUUUGUCGUGCAAGUUGGGCUCUUCUUUAGGCUCACCUUCUGGGAGUUCUCAUGGGAUGUGAUGGAGCCCAUAGCAUUCUUUACAACCACAGCAGGAAUCCUUGUUGGCUAUGCCUAUUUCUUAUUCACCUCAAAGGAUCCAACAUAUCAGGAUCUGAUGAAGAGGCUCUUCCUAUCAAGACAGAGGAAGCUACUUCACAAGAAGAAUUUCAACAUGGAGAGGUUAAUUGAACUGCAAAGGCACUGCAGAUCUCCAUUGGACUGUCAGACAGGAGAAAUAGGUAUAAAAACCCGAUAGCAACUAACUUUUUCUUUACCAUAAAGUGAUCUCCCAGUUCAUUUUCAGCGUUCUUCUGGGGCUUCUUACUCGCUGUUGUCUAGGGGAAAUUAUUAUGUGCGGAGUUUGAACGUAGAGGAUCAUCCGGAUUACAAGACGCACUGUGUACGCUCUGCUUACACUCUGCGUCUUUGUAGAUACGCAGCAAAUAAGCAGCAAAUCCUCACAACUAAUAUUUGUUGUUUAUUUACUGCUUAUCUACAAAUAUGUAGUAUAUAUGCAGUAAAUAAGCAGAGCUUAAGCAUAGGAUAUGCAGUAAUCCGGAAGAUCUUCUACGUUCGGACUCCCCACAGAAUAAUUUCACGAUGUCUAGAGAUGCUAAAAGGUUUUUCUUUUGUUUUUUCUUAACUGUUUCAACUUUGAAACUUUGGUGUGGUCAUGGGAGGCAGCAGAGCAAUUUUGGCACCUGUUACUUGAACCAAAUUAUGACAAAUCCCAAGCUUAAAUGGGAGUGAAAAGUUAAUUCCAACAAUUAUGAUCAAACAAACUGCUCUUCAUAUAUGUUGUGCUUCA